AAAAAACCGACAAGAAGCGUCGCAGGACGAGAGAGCGGAAGCUUCAUCUUCAGGUGGCACUAAAAAUGUUAUCGUGUCCGGAGCUGCUAGUAGUACAUCAAACGAAUACUACAUAGAAAGGACGACAGAACAAGACUUAGAGCAGGGUCUAGGUGAUUGCAGUGAUGAGC